AUGAGUGACCAAAAAAUUGUUCUAGUGACCGGCUGUGCUAAAGGCGGCAUAGGCUACGAAUAUUGCAAAGCAUUUUCUGAGAAAAAAUGUCGCGUCAUUGCUUCUGACAUCUCAACACGAAUGCAAGACAUGUCAGAUUUGGAGUCAGACGACAAUAUAGAGACACUUGAACUCGACGUGUCAUCUGAUCAAAGCGCUACUUCAACGGUGAACACUAUUAUAUCAAAACACGGUCGUAUUGAUAUUCUAAUCAAUAAUGCCGGAAUAGGUAGCACGGGUCCAUUAGCCGAGUUACCGCUCGAUACUAUUCGAAAAGCAUGGGAAAUUAACACAUUGGGACAACUAAGAAUGGUGCAACAAGUUGUACCUCACAUGGCUAUGAAAAAAAGUGGAAUCAUAGUUAAUGUUGGAAGUGUGGUUGGGAAUAUUUCAACACCAUGGGCAGGGUCAUAUUGUGCUAGUAAAAGUGGUGUUCAUGCAAUGACAAAUAGUUUGAGGUUAGAAUUGAAGCCAUUUGGGAUCAAUGUUGUGUUGGUUUUGCCUGGUUCAGUUAGAUCCAAUUUGGGAAAAGCUAAUUUGGAGAAAUUAAGUGAUUAUGAUUGGAAGCUUUAUAAGGAUUUUAAGGAGGUUAUUAGUGAAAGAGCUAGAGCUUCUCAAGGUGAAAAAGCAACAGAUGGUAGAGUUUUUGCUAGACAUGUUGUUAAUAAAAUUUUGGGUUCUAAACCACCUAAGCAAAUUGUUUUUGGUCACAUGACUGGUUUGUUUGCCUUACUUUCUUGGUCUCCUCUUUGGGUUAGAGACAUGUUUUUUUCUUCACGUUUUGGGCUUAAUAGAAAGGUUUGA